CCACCCCCUUCCUUCCAGCUACGUUUGCAGCUUUUCUCCUGGCUUUCAUUCCCUCGAAUCCCGCUUCCCGGCGUCCCCUCUUCGCCUGGGCCAUGCUCCCCUUCUCUCUCUUCCUCCUCCUCCUGGCUGGAAGCUGCGGCUGCUUCUCUUCAGGCUCGAGCCAGGUAGCCCCUUUCGACUUGCUCUACGCUGACGGGGUGCGUGCGUACUUCGCCCAGGACUGGCCCCGGGCCUCCGAGCUGCUCCAGCGCUCUCUCCACAGCUAUUCGCAGUUGCAGGAGGCGCGCCGAAAGUGCCGAAGCGGGUGCCAGAGGGAAGCUUGUUUUGGGAGUCCGUCGCCUUUCGAGCCGUGGGAGACCAGUUUCUUCGACCGGGUGCUGCAGCGAGCCGAAUGCCUGGAGGAAUGUCUGGGACGGAGGCUGGGCGGUCAGCCGUCCCGCUACCGAGCCAGCCGCGUCAUCCAACAGGACUUUGACGAGAGGGAGCCCUACAAUUACUUGCAAAUUGCCUUCUUCAAGCUAAAAAAACUGGAGGAAGCUGUCUCUUCAGCUCAUACAUUCUUCAUAGCCAAUCCACAGCACCUACAAAUGCGUGAGGACAUGGAGAAAUACCAGCGCAUGGCAGGGGUAAAAUCUGAAAGCUUUCGGGAUCUGGAGGCUCAACCACAUUGGGUAGCUUAUGAAGCUGGGAUGUAUCAUUAUGGUAUGGAUGACUACCAGCAGGCAGCAGCAAAACUGGAAGAAUCGCUCAGAGAGGGGCUGCUGGCACUGGAGAAUUGCAGAGCUCUUUGUGAAGGGCCCCGGGAAGAUGAGGAUAACAAGGAAGAGACGCAACUAGGCCUCUAUGAAAGCAUUGCAGCUCAUUAUGUCCAGGUCUUGAAAUGCAGGCAACAGUGUGUCCUUGAUAUUGCCACCAAGCCAGGCAGGGUGUCUUCCACAGAAGAUUUCAUCCCAUCUCAUUUUGAUUUAUUGCAAUUUGCUUAUGACAGAGUUGGAAAUCGGACUGUUGCUGCUGAAUGUGCAGCUACCUUCCUGCUGUUCUAUCCAUCAGAUGAAAAAAUGCUGGAGAGGUUGAAAGAGUACCAAGCAGAUCUGGGAAAAGAAAUAGCUAUUCCAGCCAGAGAGAAUAUCCGCCAUUAUGUGCAACGAUCCCGUAUGGAAAAGAAACUGAUCUAUUACGCAGUACAGCACCUUGAUGAAACUUUUAAGGAUCCAGAUUUAUGGACUCCCAAGGAACUGAUCCCUGAAAGCAUGAAGCAGAAACACAAAGAAGAUCAGGAGAAACGAAGUUUGAAGGCCUCACAUAUGCAACAACGGGAUCAAAGUGAACCACUACCUUUUGAAGACAUCGCCAUCAGCAUGGAUUCUCACCAACUCAAUGGUACCCAGAGGGUCGUCUUUGAUAGAGUCCUCACUGAAUCAGAAUGCAAAGACAUCCUUCGUCUGUCCAUGCUGGAGGAACCGGAGAUGGCUAUCGUGGCAGACGUUCCCCUCAUACUCCACAUGAGCGAUUUGAAGGCUUAACAGUGGCAAAAGCUUUGCAGUUGGCUGAGGACAGUAGCAUGAACUGGAAAGAUAUUAAACUUCUCCUGCAAGCCAGUGAGAAAUCCCGGAAAAUUGUGGAAUCCUAU